AUGGAUGAACGCGUUCAUGCCACAGUACGAUGGGUUGAGGCGUCAGUCAAAGCCUCUCCUUACAUCUGGAGUGCCGCUGGUCUCACAAUUCUUCUCGGCGUGCAAGUACUCUUGGCGUUAGCUAUUCUUCAUGGAGAUGAGGCUACCGUGAGAAGACAAUUGAUCUCUUUACAACGUAUCGAUAGCGACAACGACGCAGCGUCGACUGAGACGGAGACAAAUGGUGCUGAAAGGAAGAAAACCACCAGCCGAUCAGCAGACCAGGUCAUUGAACUUUCUCCCAUCGCUUCGUGCGCAACUAUAAAAAUCAACUCAAACAAGAAUCUUGAUGACCAAGAUAAAUACAACAAUUGUUACAUAUUUGCCAUCGACUCCCACCAAGCAGACGACCAAGGUUACGCCAUAUGGAAAUCUCUCGACCAUCAGACCAAACCGGCAUUAUCACAAAUCAAGACCGAAUUAUGGCUCCCGAAACCCCAUGCCGACAAAAGCGAUCCUUUGGUUCAGGCCGGUGGCUGCAUCGUCAUGUCAUUUGCUGAUCCCGCCGUGCCAUCUUGGCUGGAUCAGAUCGCUGGAAUGAUUGGCAAGAAUUUCAAGACACCUCAAGUUGCCUGCAUCCUGCCACUGAAGUUUUCGCUGAAGGACAUCGAGCAGAACAAGCUCAUUAUGAGACCUUUCAAGACUGACGAGGAGGAUGAGAAGGGGCUGGAUUUGGAGAAGUUUCCUGCGUUUUCGGAUAUUUUGCCUAAGCUAAGGCUUUUUCUUGGGUAUUCUGAGCAGCAGGGCAUCACGAUCUUCAAGCGAGCAUAA